UUUCCUUUGACAUUGAAUGCAGCACAUUACAUGUCUUCACGUCCACUUUCCACAUUCUCGCCUGGAGUGAUUCAUGUCGUCCUAAAUGCAGUUAGGUACAGCCCGUGCUCUUAAAACAAGAAAAGCGCAUUUCGUAGUCUUAAGUCAAGCCCAGACAUGCCCGAUACUGUAUCGAGUGAUCCCGGUUCGAAGGUUUCGGACCCACAACAUUCCCAGAAACUCCUCAGGGUGCUUCGCACCUUCUGGCAAGAGCAGAGUUUCCACGAUGCGCUGCUGGUGGUUGAUGGAGAGGAGCUUCCUAUCCAGAAAAACAUCCUGGCUGCUGCCAGCCCUUAUAUCAGGACCAAGCUGAACUACAAUCCUCCAAAGGAGGAUGGGUCUACGUACAAAAUCGAGCUGCAGGGGGUCUCCAUGCCCAUCAUGAAACAGAUCCUGGACUACAUCUUCAGCGGUGAAAUCACUUUGAGUGAAGAGACCAUCCAGGACAUGGUGCAGGCAUCUGACCUCCUCCUCAUGACAGACCUCAAGUCCCUGUGCUGCCAGUUCUUAGAGAGCUGCAUCACUGCAGAGAACUGCCUUGGCAUCCGGCUCUUCUCUCUGCACUACUGCCUUUACCACGUCCACUAUGCUGCCACCGAGUUUCUGCAGACACAUUUUGGUGAUGUUGCACGCACCGAGGAAUUCAGAGAGCUGCCCCCGGACCGGCUCUGCGAGGUGCUGGCCAUGGAGAAGCUGAAUGUGGGCAAUGAAAAGCAUGUGCUGGAGGCUGUGGUGCGAUGGUUUGCACAUGACCCCGAGGAUCGCAGGGUGCUUAUGAAGGAAGUGAUGUCUGCAGUGUGGGUGCAGGGCCUGGAUGCAAGCUACCUGAGAGAGCAGACCAUGGGAGAGCCAUUGAUGAGGGAGGUGAUCAGAGAGUACUGUCAGCAGGUGCUGGGGGCUGGUCCACUACAGGGGGAGGCUCUGCUCGCUGCCUUCAAACCCAGAGGUUACUCUGAGUGUGUUGUUAUCGCCGGAGGAGAGGAUCGCAAAACCAAGAAGCCAUCUGCUGCAACACGCUGCAUGUGUCCGCUCUAUGACACCAACAGACAGGCCUGGAUCGAGCUACAGCCAAUGAGCGUCGCCCGUGUCGGCCACGGGGUGGUUGCUGCUGAGGGUUUUCUGUUUGUCAUGGGCGGAGCAGAUGAACACAAUACAGUCCUAGACAGUGGAGAGAAAUAUGACCCUGACUCCAACACCUGGAGCUCCAUACAGCCAAUGCUACAGGCUCGUCAGAGCUUUGGUGUGGUGGAGUUGGAUGGUCUGAUCUACGUUCUUGGAGGAGAGACCAACGAAACAGAGCUGCUCACAGUUGAGGUGUAUGACCCUCACUUCAAUACCUGGAAAAUGCAGACCAGCAUGACCAUGGUCCGCAAGGUCGGCUGCUAUGCCUCCAUGAAUAAGAAGAUCUAUGCCAUGGGUGGGGGCUCCUACGGCAAGCUGUUUGACUCUGUUGAAUGCUUCGACCCCAAAACCCUGCAAUGGACAGGCCUCUGUCCUCUAAAGGAGAGAAGGUUUGGGUCGGUGGCAUGUGGCGUCGGCCAGGAGCUAUACGUGUUCGGUGGAGUUAGAAGCAAGGAGAACGACAACCCUGAGCAAAGACAGAUGACCACCUGCAAGUCUGAGUUCUAUCAUGACGAGAUGAGGAGGUGGAUGCUCUUGGAUGACCAGACACUGUGUAUCCAGACCAGCUCAUCCUUCAUUUAUGGUGCUGUGCCCAUCGGAGCCAGCAUCUAUGUUGUGGGAGACCUGGACACAGGAACGAGCUUCGACUACAUUCGAGAGUUUCGCCGCAGCACUGGGACGUGGCAUCGCACAAAGCCCAUGUUACCCACUGACCUCUCCAAAACAGCCUGCGCUGCGCUACGCAUCGCCAACUGUCGACUGUUCCGCCUUCAGUUGAGCCAGGGCAUGUUCCGAAUCCGAAUGUGACUUUGGCACACCAGCUGGCGCUGCGUUGACUUCAUGCUCCACUUUUGCACACUGGUAAUUUCUACCUGCUGUAGGCCUUGGUUUAGGGAUUUUAUGAACACUAUAUUAUUAUAGUUGCUAGAUAUUGAGGAUUGUGACUGUCCAUUCAGGAGUUUACAGUCAACUGAGACUCGACGGGACAAAAGAUCGUUUAACGUUAUAAGUUUUAUGACCGUUUUUUUUUAUAACGCUAAAUAUUUUUUCUUUUUAACAUGGGAUUUGAUCAUUAUUUGCUUUUUUAUUUUUAUGGACAUUCCUCAUUUGUUAUGUUUACUGAUGAUCUGUUGCUUGGUGAGGGAUCUAAACUGUGAACAACAGGUGAUGAAUUAUCUACCGCAUUGUUACAUGAGGAAUUAUGAUUGACAUUUUAAAUGCACUGCUGGGUUGCAAUUUGUAUUUUAGAAUGUAUUAUGUUGUUUGUUGGUGUAUUGUUCAUCUUUCUGGCCAAUCAUUUACAACAUAAUCACUUAUCCUGAUUUUUGCAACAGCUGCAGUGGAGGUGAACGGUUGAAAAUGUUGUAGCUCAGUGGGAAGUGAGACUUUGGCCUCCUAGAAUCAAAGAGCUGUGGGGCGUUGUGCGUAAUAACAAUGAUCUUAUGGGUUCAGUGCAUGUUACACUGUGCGAAUUGGCUCUAAUAAAAUUUUGGUCGCAAUAUGCAUAAGACUGUACAGUAUCGACUUUGGGACCUGUCAGACUGCGAAUUAUACUGUUGCCAUGUAAAUAGGAGAGAAAAAAAUGCAAGCAGUGAAAUGUCAUCAACUCGUGUCAUCCGUGUACGCCGCUUUCUAGUUUUAAAUGCAGCAAAACAAAAAAACUUUGUGGUCAUAGCGUGGGCACUGUCAUGGUUUUUUUGUAGCUUUAUUUUAAAAAGUGUCGCUAACAAAAUUGCAUUGGCCAUUGUAUUAUGCUUUACCUCAUGUUGUUCUCUGAUUGGGAGGUUACAGUAGAGCCCCCGAGGGGAGGUUGUGCGUGCGACACAUUUGAAGAGUUUCACUUGACAUAAAUUUAAGAGCAGUGCAACGUUUUCAAUUUAAGCUUUGCCGAAAUCUUGCAGUCGUCUCCUUGGUGACCAGAGACCCCCUGCUCUUUUCAUGCUACGAGUCUAUUUCUGUCUCAUUUAGUGAAGCAUAAUCUGCACAGGAAGUUGUUUAAAAUCACACAAAUAUCGCUCUGUAUAUGUGUUUUUAGGUUAAGAGUAUAUUUAUUGAUGGAUCAGCUCCCUCUGUAAGCUGCAGAUUCCCCUCACUCACUACGAUGGGCAGGGAAAUAAAUGAAUUACUAAAAACAAA